GGAUUCGCCCAUUCUACAUGGAGGGGUUCGUACAUGUUGUUGGCUGAAUAAACACAAGACAUGUGUUUCUCUGCUAUUUUAUGUGGUGUUUUGGUUCUGCCAAGGAAGAUAACGGUAAUAACAAGUUAGUAGUAGAUAUAUCGUUCGGUUAUAAAUCUCUAUGUUAUCGUUCAUUUCGUGAAACUAAGCUAAGCUAAGUUUGCUUGGUUAGCUGGAGUGACUGAAUUGACUCAACUGCACAGGCUGCAUCCAGCUAACACACUAAAGACUUCUGCAGGAAACUUUUGUUUUUGGAAAAACCAGUGAAGCUGAAAUGGAGACUGAAGAAUCGGGGUGGACCAAAGCAAACCUCCAAAAGCUUCUGGCUGCAAUGAAAACCAACCUCUCACAAAAUGACAGAAUGAGAACAUUUUACCAAGGAAUGAAGAGUCUAGACUGGGAUAAAGUGGCUUUCCCCCCUUUCUCACCUGAAGCAUGUCAAGAAAAGUGGAAGGACAUGUUACGGAAGAUGCGCAAGAUUCGGACCCUCACAGAGCUCAUUGUUGAAGCUGAAGAUGUCAUUUCCAAUCCUACCCUGAACCAAAAGAUCCACCCAGAACUCCCGAAAGCACCCACCCCAGCAAAUGCCAUUUUUUAUGAGGAGAACGUGGCCAAGUUUCAUAAGAAGUACCCAAAGAUGGACAACAGAGAGUUAUUGAAGUUGAUGAUGAAUAAGUACGUGGGGCUCCCAGAUGAAGAGAAGGCUAAAUAUGAAGAGAAAUACCAGCGUGCAAAAAACGAAUACGAGAGAAGGAUGGAGAAGUUCAGGGAACAGUAUCAAGAAGCUCCCCAUUGUAAGAGAAAGACCAAGCGGAAGAGGAAGAAGGUUUCUAAAGACACCUCAGAUCAGGGUGAACAGUGUUCUGAGGACGCAGAAGAAAACAGUAUGAAGAAAUCCAGAGAUGGUCUACCUCCCAAACCUCCUCACGAUGGAUAUAGUCUAUUCUGCAAAGAGCAAGUGGGGAACAUGGAGGGUGUCUCUGGACAAGCCUUUGUGACUGUGUGGGCCAAACGAUGGCAAAAGUUGACCGACAAGCAGAAAAGCGAGUACAAAACACGCAGCCAAGAGUUGCAGAGAGAAUACUCAGUCAAACUGAAUCAGUAUCUGUCGACUUUUGAUGCAGAUGAGCAGCAGCGGAUCCUAGAUGAGAAUAAUAUCAAAAGACCUAAACCGUGCAAGAUCACUAAAAGACAGGUGAAGUCUGUAAAGACAUUUCCUGGCGAGCCCAAGAUGCCCUGUCGAUCUGGCAAUGUAAUUUUCUGCAAAAAGCAGAUGGAACAAAUAAAGGAGAAAGUCCCAAAUGGAAGAAAGCGCUUCGUCAAGGUCCAGCAAAUGUGGAAGGAACUCUCCACCAGGGAGAAGGAAGGCUACAAGCAGCAAGUCAAUGACAACUUAAGAAAAUACUCGAAGGAGCUGCAGAAGUGGUUUGAGACGUUGACGGCAGCAGAGCAGGAAGGCUAUCGGAUUUGUAACCCCAGUAAAUGUAAAUACCUUGAUGCCACCCAAACGGAAACUAACAACACAGAAGUAGUGUACAUACCCUCAGAUUCAGAAGAUGAAGACAUCGAGGACAGCAGCAGUGAUGAAGAAGAGAGUGACGAGGAGGAGGAGGAAGAAGAGGAUGAUGAUGAUGACGUCUUAAUGUUUGACAUCUAUUAGAUAGCAGCAGAAGCACCUUACACACAUACAUAUACACGCUGAGUUCAGAGCUGGAUUCUGGAUUUGAGAAGGCGGACAAGCGCUCCAAUGUCUUAUUGUCUUAUUUUAAUGACACUUUGUUUUGUGGCCACAUUGGCUGGAAGGUUGCCUUCACUUGUCCUCCUACAUGUACGCAGUGUGCCACACCAAAGGCUGGAUUACUAACCGGUAACUGUAAGUGCAGGAAAAAAACACUUUCAGGUAUUUUAAGGGUUUAACACUUAAAAACUCUAAGUCGGUUAGCUUCAAAAUAACUAAAUAGUGAGAAGCUAUUUGAGAAAAUAGAUUUAUUACCUAAUCUAGAAGCCCUGUCUUAAAGGGUCCCUGUGUGAAAAUCAUGUUGUAAGAACUUUAUUAUUUAAGUAGAUAUUAUGCUUACAUGGUGCAUAUUCCUAAAUGAAUUUGUUCAAAUUGCCACAUUACCAACCUGAGUCUAUUUAGUGGAAAACAUGGAGGGUCCCAGCUGCUUGUUUUGGUCCCCAGGGGACCCCUUAGCAGAUCAAUCCAUCCACAACAUACUGCAAUCAGCUUGUCUGUUCCUUUUGGAUAAAGGAUACAAGAAAAAAGAAAAGACCUUUACUCAACUGACUUUUCUACUUCUACACUGUGAAAGUAUGAUGGCCACAUAUUUAUGUUGUUGAAACUUAUUUUAGAUGUCAGGGUGUUUUUUUUGUUGUUGUUUUUUUUAAAACUUGCAUUAGCCAUUCACAUAGCCUGAUUUGUUACUAUUGGUGUGAUUGAUUAUUACGGAGAUUUUUUUACAUGACGUUGAAAAGUAAUAGACUACUUUAUCAAGGAUUGAUUUUUAUUUGUUUAAACCCAUGCAUAUUUUUGUUUGUUGUUUUCAGACUGGGAUAUGUUUCUAAUAAACACUUUUUAUACAA